UGAGGAAAGCUGGCAGCCUUAGACAUUACGCUUUGUUACUACAAUAAGUGAUAACAUACCACACAUUUUCGGCCGUAUCUCCUCUAAUCGUCAUUCUACGAUGCUGAAAAUCGACAGGCUCGUCUAGCGGGGUCCGUUGCACCGACCGAAGAGGCUUUCAGGUCGUAAAUGGGCCGCGUUUUGGCAAAUAAGCGGUAAAUACAGAACAGCUCGGACUGGUGGAGUGGCGGACGUUAAGGUGGAAGAGCUUUCCUAUUUAUUGGAAGAAGGCAUUGUUUGUUAUAAUGGUUUUGACACGUCUGUCGCACUUUGGAGAGGUGUGUCCACUCAGUGAUCAUAGUUACAGCGAUCCGACAUCCCCUUCAACGUCUGUUGGCCAUUCAUCACAGAAAAGAAUUCAGCAGGUACUCCUGGGACUAAAAUCGUCACCAUCAUCUCCAGCCUCCCCUCAGGAUGUUGGUGUUCAGUUGCACGUCUUCGAUCUUCCCAAUGAAAUUAUUGAAAAAAUAUUUUCAUAUCUUUCCUACAAGAAAAUUGGAGAGAUAAGAUUGGCCUGCAAGAGAUUUGAGCAAAUUGGGUCAAGCAUUUUAAACACCACAUUUCAGCGACUACAAAACCAGAUGUUGAUACGUUUCCAGACUAUAAAGGGCCAGAUGCCAAGGAGAGAAAGUGCACGUCGCACUCAUCCCCUGGCCAGGGAAUCUGACAUAGUUGAGACACUCCACAUGAGGUUGACUCUGUUGCAGAUGUCCUUUGGCAAACACAUAGAACGGAAGCAUUGCUGUUUCUUUGCUGGAGAUAUCCUUGAUGAGGUGUAUCGUUUACUGGCCUACAUUAAGAGCACUCCCAAUCUUGAUCGAGCAUAUAUUGUCACAGAUGAACUUUUUGACCUCUCUACAAUGGCCAUGGAGUACUUCAAGGAGCACAUUGAACCUCGCCUUCCUGAAAUUACAUGUUUUGGUUCAGAGUUCUUAGAUAUUACAUCAAGAUUCUCAGAGGAAUGUAGUGUUCGAUCACCAAGUGGCAGUGGACGGUCAUCAGAACCAGAGGAUGAGAUGCCUGAGCAUGAGGCUCUACCACAGUCCAACAUGGUGUUAAGGAAAAGAAUUAAACGUAUUCGUCAAGGAAUGCGCAGAUGCAACACACAACUUGCUGCAAUGAGGCGAGAAUUAAAAAGCUGUAAAGGCAAAUUGGCGGACCAGCAUAAACAGGUCUUGGAGUAUACCACGAGAAUGGAUGAGUAUGACAAGAAAUUUGAGACCUCCAGAAAAUUCAGCACAGUGUUACAGGAACUCAACAAAUGUAAAACAGAACUUCAGUAUUGGAGAUCCAAAUCUCCUGCACAACCUUUACUUUGCUUUGGUUGUGGACAGUCAAUUGGUGAAGGAGCCAGUCACCAAGCGGGAGUAUUGAUGCCAGGUGGUGAGGAUGCAGUAGUGUAUGUACCCCUAGCUGCUGCUCCUGCCCCUGAAUGUGGUGAAAAAAUUCAGCCUUCAUUGCUGCUGGGAGCAAGAGAUGACAGUCGGGAUAGGUGGCAUGGAGGUGUGAGUUCCUCCAGGUCUAUAUGUGACCCUGUUCCUCAGCAGGCGCAGCAACCUCCUCCCCCUCAGAGCUCCUCAGCUCAGCAUUCACCACUACCACCACCACCACUUUUCCAGAGUAUAUGUUGUUCACAGCCAAACUUACCAGAGACUUCACAAAACGUUAUGAGCUGUCCAGUGGCAGCAACUUCAAACUCUGUACCUGCUGCACGGCCACUGCCCAUCUCUCAGCCUCUUGUAGGCACAUCAGCCAUUACUACCUCAAUGACUAGUUCUGCUGCCCACGUUUUGCCAGCUCCUCUCCCAUCCGCAAUAUCGCAGCAGCCAUACUCUGCCUUCCAUUCGUGCACCUCCUCACACAGCACAGACCAUCGAUGGUAUGGGAGUCAGGAGCAUGCUGAAGACCUGUCAAUGUCCAGAACAAGUAAACACUACCUGGAUGAUGAUGUGGACUUUGUCAGUUCAAAACGUCGUGGUAGUGAUGAUGACAGUGAUAACUGUGAUAAUGACGACACCGUUGGUCGAAGGGUUAAAGAACGCAAAAGAAUUAAACUUGACGUUUUUUAAGAGUACUUUUUGACAAGAAAACAAUUUCUGUAUUUUAACAAAGAAAAAUAGUUUUAGUUGCAAAAUUGUAUAUAGCUCUAUAUAUAUAUACAUAUAUAUAUAUUUUUUGUUCUUAAUUUUAUUUUGUCACUCGGUGGGCUCGUGGCGAUUAUGCAGAAGUGGAAAAAAGAUAUAUGAAUUAAGAAGUGUGAACUGCAGUACUAUAGUGUAUUAAAAAAAAAAAAGAAAGAAAUAUUAGACAUGUAGUUUACUUAUAUUUAGUUAAUUAUUUUGUUGUGAAAGUAGAAGAUGGCCGAAGAAUGGUCUCAUAAUGUGAAUAUUUAUAUAGAUUGUAAAAUAGUGGAAAUAAUCUACACUGGGGAACCAGGUCAGAUGAUGACAUGGAACGUGGUUUGUACAUUAGGAUGAAAGUCACAUUUGCAUUUUCUAAUAUUUUAAUUUUUUUUUUAUAUGUGUAGUUAUGUCUUAAUCUUUUCUGAUUAUCCAGGUACUUUGUGCAAGUUUAAAUGUGCUACUGUAUUGGUAUAGAAUAUUAAAUCUUAUAUCUCCAUUGGUUUGGAUCACUCUUGAUCUAAUUUCAUGUCUAGUAAACAGAUUGGAUACCAAAGAUAAUGUAAGAGGAUUUAGACUUUAUUUGAAAGUAAAAUAAUAUCGAUUGAGUGUAUCAUAUAUUUCAUGUAAUAGAUUCAGCCUUUAAAUUGCUGCCAAGGACACCGUCCUGCUUUUUAACAUUUCUGUUAUAUUUAUAUACACCAAAUUUUGAGGAUUAGACAUGUAGGCCGUUGCCGAAGAAUUAAAACUUAAAGUUGUUUAUACAGCUGAUAUUUCAAGUCAAUUCUUGGACAUACAAAGCUUGUUUUUGAUAGAGAGUUUUAUGUUACAGACUGAGAAUUUUUUCUUUUUAUUUUUCUGGGAAGGGGGGCGGGUGUUCGUGUGUGAGUGGGAAUUGUUUUUCUAUGUUUUAGAGAUAGUUAUGGCACGUGGAUAGUAUUUGGAUGAUUCGGGAGUUGAUUUAUUAUUGUUUCUAGACAGUCAUGGCACCUGGUUAGUAUUUGGAUAAAUUUUUUUUCCAGGUGAGUUGUUGGAUUGUACAUAUCCAGCUGCGGGUCCCUAGGACUGAUGUGGCACCUUCUUAGUAACCUAUUUAAAUAGGGCCCUAACAAAAUAAAGUUGUUUAUGGAAGAUUUCA